AUUUGUUCCACAAUCCACAUUCCCCACCCCCCACGGCCCCCGGGCCCACCCACCCUCUCCCUCUUCUUCCUCACUCCUCUCUCCCUCUCUCUCUCUCUCUCUCUCUCUCUCGUCCUGCGCCACACGCCGCGGCCGUCUCCGGGCAGGAAGGAAGGGGGCGGGAAGAUGAUGAUGACGCGGGCACCGAUGGGGCCGAUGGAGGGCGCGGCGGUGGACGAGAUGGUGCGCCGCCUCGUGGAGGGCGGCCGAGGCGGGCGCCAGGUGCAGCUGUCCGAGGCGGAGAUCCGGCAGCUCUGCGUAGAGGGCAAGCGGGUGCUCCUCUCCCAGCCCAAUCUCCUCCGAAUCCACGCCCCAGUCAAGAUCUGCGGUGAUAUCCAUGGCCAGUUUGUCGACCUUCUGAGAUUAUUCGAUUUGGGUGGUUAUCCUCCAGCUUCAACUUACGUAUUCCUCGGAGACUAUGUCGAUAGAGGCAAACAGAGCCUGGAGACUAUAUGCUUGCUGCUGGCGUACAAAAUCCGGUACCCCGAAAAUAUUUUCCUGUUGAGGGGUAACCACGAGGAUGCAAAGAUCAACAGAGUCUAUGGUUUUUAUGACGAAUGUAAGAGGAGGUUCAAUGUUCGGCUGUGGAAGAUAUUCUCUGAUUGCUUCAACUGCCUGCCCAUCGCAGCGCUCAUCGAUGACAAGAUACUGUGCAUGCAUGGUGGCCUCUCGCCCGAAUUGACUAGUUUGGACCAGAUAAAAGAUAUUGAGCGACCUGCUGAGAUUCCUGAUUAUGGUCUCCUGUGUGAUCUGCUUUGGUCUGAUCCUAGCCCCGAUGGAGAAGGGUGGGGGGAGAGUGACAGGGGUGUCUCGUGUACGUUUGGUGCAGAUAAACUUGUAGAGUUUUUGGAGAAGAAUGAUCUCGAUCUUAUAUGCCGAGCUCAUCAGGUGGUUGAAGAUGGCUAUGAGUUCUUUGCACAACGAAGAUUAGUGACAAUCUUUUCAGCUCCAAAUUAUUGUGGAGAGUUUGAUAAUGUUGGCGCUCUUUUAAGCAUAGAUGAGAGCCUAAUGUGUUCAUUUCAGAUCCUGAAGCCAACUGAUAUGGGUCCACCGCAUGCAAGAAAACAAAUUCCAAAUAAGCCAACAAGAGGGUGAAGCCUUGGACCAGCAUCCAAUACUUCCAGUUCCAGUAUCAUGAUGAUCGUCAGUCAGCUCAAAGGGGGUGAUCUGUUGUUUGGAUAGUUGGAUCCACCAGGGCCUGACAUUAGACAUCCAUCAGCCAAUUAAUCCCUUUAGCCACCCUUUACUCGUGUCUUGGGAGGCGGCUUGGCUGUAAAGGAUAUUCUGUACAGCAUUUAGUUGGAUUCAACACAUCAUCUGUUUUACUGUUCUUCCUGCCGGCAAGGGACCUCAUUGGCAGCAUGACAUACAAUAGAUGUUAGUAGUCUCAAUUUGUUUUCCUUAGCUUCUGCCUUGCGUUUUUUUUUUUUUGGUGCGGGACUUGAUGUAUGGUGAUUUUAUAUCUUUGUAAUAUGUAGAUGUUGCA